GGUUGUUUCUUUCCAAUAUGUCAUCUGAUAUCAGAAUUAUACUUUUUUUGGGGUGCAAAUUAUAUGUAAACUUGUUAAUCUAAACAAAAUGUCCAAAACCAAUACCUAUUAGCCUACAACUGCAAUUCAUACAUAACCCUUGGUCCGUGAUUUUUUAGUGGGCCCUACAAACACCACUAAAAAUAACACCCACUAGUUGAACAAAUGACUGAAACACCUCUGUCACGUUUACGACAACAAGUACAGAAUCGUAGGUCAUUUUGGUAUUUUUGACACUUUUGUGAGUAGUUUUGUUUUGUCUGUAACUCUUCUCUAUCUCGAUAGCUUCCUCGUUCUGGUCGGCACAAUUGAAAAUCGAACUUCUCCUCUUCAAAUCGCAAGGGCAUAGACUGUAAUUUCGAGAUGGGGUCAAGGGACCAAAAGGUAAAAUGGAGCUGGAGCUCAGCCUUAAUCGGAGCAGCAUCAGCAACAGCAGCAGCUUCACUCCUAAGCGCCAAGCCAAAAGAUCCAACAUUCCACCUUAUCUCCAUAGACCUUACCUCACUGAAACUAAACCUCCCUGUCCUCGACGCAGAGCUAAUGCUUACCGUACACGUCACUAACCCUAACAUCGCAGCCAUCCAUUACUCCUCCACCAAGAUGACAAUCCUCUACGAUGGCACGGUUCUUGGCUCAGCUGAGGUCAAAGCUGGCUCGCAACCGGCGAGAUCUUGUCAGCUUCUCCGGCUACCGGCGCGUCUGGACGGUAUGGAGCUUGCGCAACACGCGCGGCAGUUCUUUUCUGACGUGGCGAAUAGAGAGAUGAAACUUGAGGCUAAGCUUACUAUUGAAGGAGCGGCUAAGGUUUUGUGGUGGGAUCAUAGUUUUAGGGUUCACGUGGAUAGUUUUGUCACCGUUGAUCCUGUUUUUCUUGAUGUUAUUGGUCAAGAGAAUAAGUCUCAGAUGGAUUUGUUUCUUACUUAAAAAAUAAUUAUUGUUGUACCAUUUUUAUUUAGUUUACUAUUUUUCAGUAAUUGAAAAAGUCUUUUGAAUUCUAUAGUUAACCUUAAAUUCGAGAUAUAAUACUAUUAAUUAUACAACGGCGAUAUAAACGAUGCAGCAA